CAGUUACAAAAUGUUCAAGCUCUUGUUAUUCGUUUGCUUGCAAUUCUUGUUAAUUUCUUUAGUAACAAGGGUUGAAGGUCAAAGCUGCCACCCUAUUGGAAUAUGUCAAAAAAGUUGUGAAGUGGAAAUUGGCGCGACCAAACCCUGUCCAUCAACUACAAAAUGUUGUUUGGGAUUGGGACAGAAAUAAAAUUAGAGAAGUUUAAUCGAAUUUUUGGAAAUAUUUAUAGCAUGUCAAGUAACAGUGGAUCAGUUAAAAUAUGUGACGACGUUGGAAAAUGGAAGAGUACAAGACUAACAUCCUAAUAAACAAUUCUUUUCGAAUUACUACUACAGACAUCUAAGUUAACUUAAAAGUAAAUUAAUUGUAAAGAAUUCGAAAUAAAAUUUCAACAACAUUUAUUAAGUACAUUGAUUAUCUUUUUAAAAAUCAUUCUGAACAAGUGACGAAUCAUUUUUGUUUAUAAAGGCAGACAGAUGCACUAAAAAUUCAGUAGUUCUAUCACCACAAUGAAAGCGACUUACACUGUCAUAUUUCUGGUGCUCUGCACACCAUGGAUUUAUUCGGCGGCAGCUUCGGCAAUUCCAGUGGAAAUAGGAAUAGUAAAUGAUGAAUACCAAACAACUGAAGCAGGAUUGACUGAUUCCAUGGAUAUGGAAUCAAAUGUUACUGCCAACAAAACCGAAGAGGAUGUGGAGCAGGCACUAGCACAAGAAUCUGAAACCUCUAACGCUAUUGAGCCUGAAGUUCGCCCAACGAAGCGUCCAAAACGUCCUAAUUCUAACAAACGACCAGCUGCUGGCGAUCACAAGCCCCAUCAUCACAAUCCCAUGGCACUACCAGCAUCCUGGCCAUACUAUCCAAUUCCAUAUCCAAUGUCAUAUCCACCUUGUCCAUAUCCGCAGCCAAUGUUUUACCCAAUGCCUAUGUAUUCACCAUACUUUUUCCCAUCCCAAAUGCAUACUUUAGAAAAGAAAAUCCCCGCUAAUGCUAUGCAAUCAGAUGUCGUCGAUUCUGCAGAGUCAGGAGAAGAAAUCAGUAAUGAAGAGCUGCUCAGAAAUGCCAAUUUGUGGAAAAAUCGCUUCGAAAACAAGUGGGCAAACAAGACAACCAACAGUAGUACAACCGUUAAGCCAACUAAGAGAUUCAUCAUUAGAAAUUGGGUAGCUAACAAACUCAAUAAGAAAACUACAACUACAACCACUACAACCACAACAACAACUGCAACAUCAACAACAACAACAACAACUACUACUACAACUACAACAACGCCUUCUACCACAGCAAUAAUAGCUCUACUACCAACAUAG